AUGGCCCUCACGCAGACGGUCACCAUUAUCAACAACUCGGGCAAGAUUAUAAGUACCGGCAAACACCUGGCCGGUAUCUUCAAGGAAGCCAAGGCCUCCUACCAGGAGAAAAAGGCUGCUAUCAAGGCCGACCGAGAGGUUCUCAAGCGCGCCCAAACCUUUGACACUUCUCGCGACCUCCCUCCCGAGGCCUUCGAUCGCCGCUACUCACACGAUGAUGGCCGCUCUGUCGCCAGCUCCAGGAGGAGUCACCGAUCCAGACGUUCCCAGACGAGCCACCGCGAUGUCGAAUACUACCCUGGUUCGAGACCUGCCCUUACCGAGAACAACCUCAAGACACAUUCCGAAGUCUCCAGCGUCACGCCAUCAAGAGCGCCGCCCGCCGCCUAUCGUACCCCGUAUGCUGAGACAGCUCCCCUUGAUAUGGCCUUGAGCCGCCCGACCUUGCCACAUUACACCACUGCCCCAACGUGCAGCGACAGCCUUGCAGACUCGGCGACGAUCCGUGGCUCCAUGGUCCCUCGUACCAUGUCCGCGCCCAUCAUAGCCAAGGGUCGCAAGGAGAAGGAGAUUGAUAUGGACCUCGCCUACGGUAACAUUCCCCCCGAUCUAAAGGAUCGUACCGAUUUGGACCCCCUCACCAAGGAGAAGGAGGCCAAGACUCUUGUCUCCAGAGUCGAGGGACUUCUCGACGAAGCCAAGUGCGCGCAUCACUCGGCGACCGCUACCAUCGCUCAUCUUCAGGGGAAUCCCGAUGCCGCCGCCGCUGUCGCCCUGACUCUGGCGGAACUAUCAACGCUGUUGAAGCAGAUGUCACCUGCCUUCUUGUCCGUCAUCAAAGGAGGCUCGCCGGCAGUUUUUGCUCUUCUCGCAUCACCCCAAUUUCUCAUCGCCGCCGGUGCAAGCAUCGGCCUGACAGUAGUCAUGUUCGGUGGAUGGAAAAUUGUGAAGCAAAUCAAGGACGCCCAGGCCCAAAAGCAGGCAGCCAUCGCCAACGCCAUGGCGCUUGAGGCACAACCCGCGCCGCAACCCAUCGAGUACGCAUACAAUGAUUACGGCCAGCAAUACGACCAGUAUGACCCUUACCAGCAGCCAAGGGAUGGGAGCGUCCGGGAUGGAAGCGUCCGGGAGGGUAGCGUACGGGAGGGUAGCGUACGGGAGGGCAGCGUCGUUUACGACGAAGCGUACGUUCUUGACCCUCGGCUUGAUGAGGAGCUCAGCUCUAUCGAGAGUUGGCGCCGCGGCAUCGCGCCUGCCGGUGAGGAUGAGAGCGUCGAUAUGGAGCUCAUCAGCCCCGAGGCCGCGCGUUCGAUACUUGGAGACGACACCCGUACUGAGAGAAGUUUCCGGACGCAACGCAGUUCCAAGACGCACCGCAGCUCGAGGACGGAGAGAACCGAAAGGUCGGAGAAGUCGCACCACUCUUCCAGGUCGCACCGCAGCACCCGUGAGUCCGAGGUGUCCGAACGCAAGAGCAGCGUUGCAAGGUCUGAGAUUGCGAGAUCUGAGAGGGACGCCGAGAGUGUCGCCAGUAGCCACCGGAGUCACCGCAGCUCCGCAUCUAAACGCAGCACACGCGCGCCAACGCUGGCGAUUGAGGACGGCAGCCGCCAAAAGGAAGAUGAGGCCAUCGAAGCGGUGCUUCGACCCAAAAGGAACAACAUGCUCAAGACUCUAUUCAAGAAGAAGGAGAAGGAGCACAGAGAUAGAGAUGAGAGGGUGUCCGCUCUCGUAUUUUAG